AUGAGUUUUGCGACAUUAUUACUUUUAAUUGGAACUGUGUUGGCAGACACAACCGUUCAGAUAGAGGGAUCAGAUUACAUUGAUUUAGGACUCCAGGGAUUUGGAUACGCACCAGCAAAUGCAAGAGACAAGUAUGGCGACACUAUAUCGUUUGGAUCUUCUGUGAAAUAUCAGAAGGGAUCUUUAAAACAGACUGAUGAUGGUUAUUAUACUUUCAUAACCUACAAUCUUCCUGAUAGAGGAUGGAAUGUGGAUGGAACUGUGAACUUUGCCAACAGGCUAUAUAAAUACCAGGUAACAUUAAACCCGGCUAACGAAUCUUCCACUCCAAAUAUUGAGUGGACAUAUCUUGAUUCAAUACUUUUAAAGGACUUUAAUGGUAACUAUUUCACGGGACUAGAUGCAAAUACCACGGUUGAAAUGAAUGGCUUCAGUCUCCCAGGUGUGACUUAUCAUGGCGAUGGCUGGGGAAAUAAUUUGAACUCCAAUAGUACUACUACACGUGCCAGCAUGGACUCUGAAGCUUUGGCCUUAAUUGAAGGUGACAUUGCAAAUGGAUUCUGGAUUAGUGAUGAGUAUGGUCCAGGAAUUUAUAGAUUCGAUUCGAAUGGUCAACUUCAGGAGUAUAUCACGGCACCAGAUUCGAUCCUACCUUAUGUUGAUGGAAAAAUUAAUUUUUCUUCAAAUAGUUGCCCUGCCUGGGACCAGUAUACUGUUUCUGAUCCUACAUCAGGACGUGAAGAUAACCACGGGUACGAGGGAAUGGAUUUAUCUCCAAAUGGAAAGACAUUAUUUGCACUUCUCCAAAGUGCUGCUAUGCAGGAAGGGGGUGACAAGAAAAAGUACGCUUAUAAUGCUCGUUUAAUGAAAUAUGAUCUUUCGGGUGGAUCAGCAACAGCAGUUGGAGAAUAUGUGAUAGUGCUCCCAACAUAUGUGAAUCCAUCGGAUGGGAAAACAAAGACUGCUGCUCAGUCAGAAUUAUUGUAUGUGACAGAUGACGUGGUAAUGGUACUUCCUCGUGAUUCCGGACUUGGUAGGGGGCAAGAAGAUGGAACAGAGUCAGUGUACAGACAUGUUGAUCUAUAUUCUCUUAAGAAUGCCACAAACAUUCUUGGUAAAUAUGAUGGCGAGGGAGACCAAAUAGCUUCUUCUAAAGGUAAAUUGGUUAGUGGGAUCACAGCUGCAACCCAUUAUGAGUGGAUAGACAUAAAUGAUAACACCCAGUUGAACAAGUAUGGCGUUCAUAAUGGAGGAGACAACAAUUCUACUCUUCUAAAUGAGAAGUGGGAGGGCUUAACGCUUAUUCCAAUUCCUUGUACAACAGACGAGUACUUUCUUCUUGCAGUUUCCGACAACGACUUUACCACAACAAACGGCUGGAUGAACUUUGGAACAAUUCCAUUUGAUUCAGGAGAUGACUUCGAAAACCAAUCCUUGAUGUGGAGAGUUAAGCUUGCUGCAAUUCCUCACAAUGAAGGAUCAUGCUCUUCCACUUCGUCAAGCAAUUCUUCAACAUUAGCAACAUCUACAUCCUCCACUUAUGCUAACAGCACUGCUGCUACUGCCACAUUACUUAACAGUACAGUCAAUACCACAAACAUUAAUACCAAAACAUUCUCAAACAGCACAAGCUCAUUCACAGACACACUCUCCUCAACAACUCAAACACCAUUUGGAAACAGUACUACAUCUUACCACAAUGGUAGUACGAAUGCUUUGAAGACUGUAACAUGUACAUUGGAAAAAUGCUCUGACACAUAUUCUGCAAGUGAUAUAGACCAAACAGCGACUACCGUGGAAAUCAUCACAAGUUGCAAAGGUGGAUGUAGUAAGGAAUCUCAAGAAACAUCCACAGCUGAAACCGCUAUACAUACUUCAACAUCUGCCGUUGUGAGCACAUACGAAGGACAUGCCGCAUCAACUUCUGUUUCGGCCAUGACUGUGUAUGCGUUAGCUAUUGCUGUGAUGGGAUAUCUUCUCUAA